UUUAUCACAGCUGUUGUUCUUUGGGCGGCGUAAUGAGCAGAUUUGUUUGUAAACUAUUGAACUGUUUAAGCCAAACAAAUUCGGGUUGCAGAUACCUUUCCUUGUCGGCUUUUAGAAAUCGAGAAAGUGCAUCUCAAGAUGGGGCUCCCGCCCGUACAGUGCUGGUCGAAAAAGAUUCUCAUAUAACUUUAAUAGGCCUAAAUCGCGAGCAGCAGCGAAAUUCCAUUGAUGCCAACACUGCGGAGCAAUUAACAGAAGCCAUCAGCCAAUUCGAAGAGGAUGACAGUUCCCCUGUGGGCGUACUCUAUGGCAUAGGUGGCUCCUUCUCCGCCGGCUAUGAUUUGCAGGAACUGGAGGCAGAAACACAGCGCGGCAGCCUCAACUUUCUGUUGCGUCACGAGGGCUCCAUUGGACCAACUAGGCGGCAUCUUCGGAAGCCAAUUGUCUGCGGUAUCAGCGGAUUCUGUGUGGCUGGAGGAGUGGAACUAGCCCUUAUGUGUGAUCUGCGGGUGAUGGAAGACACUGCCGUAUUGGGAUUUUUCAAUCGACGGCUGGGAGUCCCUCUGAGCGAUGGAGGAACUGUUCGAUUGGCCGCUGCAGUGGGUUAUUCCAACGCCUUGGACAUCAUUGAAACAGGAAGACGCAUCUACGCCGGGGAAGCCAGGCGCAUUGGCUUGGUGAACCGCGUUGUGGCCACGGGCACAGCUCUGGGACAAGCAGUCAAUCUGGCCUUCUCGAUAGCCAAAUUUCCCAUGGCUUCGUUGAUGCACGACAGAAAUGCUCUGCUGGAGAAUGCCAAUGCCUACAACAAACCGGGUUUCCAUGUGGCCAGUUACAACGAGAUCAUGAACGUCACCUCAGACAUGAUAACAGACAUGCAACAGGGCGUAAAGCGCUUCAAGAAUUCUGAGAUAAAGGGCGCUAAAACCGAUUCGUGGCACAUCAAGGAAAAAAGCAUUCCAGAUUGGGAAAAAGCCGAGAUUGAGAUCGAAAGGAAAAAUCAAAACACAUGACAGAGCACCCUUUGAUUUCCCACUGUAAUCUCCUGGUUAGUUGCAAUUAUUGAUUGUUAUUUAUAAAACGAAAGCCUUUAUUCACGUAAAA